AAACUUCAAUUCAGGACGUAUGUGGGUUCCCAAACCGCUGUGAACACAUAUAUAGACCUGUCCUGUUGGUUCACCCAACCAAUUCGUUUCAGGUGCAUUUUAUUAUUUCCGUAUCGUUAGGUUUAAACAAAUUUAACACAUCAUCAUGUCUGUUGAAGAACUCUGGAAUAAGCUGAAGACUGCCGUCGGGUGUAAAUCUCUGUUAAAAAAACACUUAACCGAAGAGAGGUAUAAGACUUUGAAGGGGAAGAAAACUGCAUUCGGGGGAACUUUAGCGGACUGUAUACGUUCUGGAUGCGAAAACCUCGACAGCGGUGUCGGCAUCUACGCCUCCGACCCCCAGGCAUACACUGUCUUCGCCGACGUCCUGGACGCUGUCAUCAAGGACUACCACAAGGUCGAUACACUUAAUCACCCUGAACCUGACUUUGGGGACAUAACAAAACUCGGCUUCUCUGACCUUGACCCUUCUGGUAACUUCAUCGUAUCCACCAGAGUGAGGGUGGGCAGGAGCCAUGACAGCUAUGGCUUCCCUCCAGUCAUCACCAAAGAGCAACGUCUGGCGAUGGAGGCGGCGACUGUGUCCGCACUGGAUAAGCUGAAGGGCGAGCUGGCCGGCACGUACUACCCCCUCACUGGCAUGACGAGGGAUACACAGAAGAAGCUGAUGGACGAUCACUUCCUCUUUAACGACAGCGACAGGUUUCUCCGUGACGCCGGUGGCUACAAAGACUGGCCCUCUGGCAGAGGCAUCUACUUCAACCAUGCCAAGAACUUCCUGGUGUGGGUGAACGAGGAGGACCAUCUGAGAUUCAUCUCCAUGCAAAUGGGAGGCAACCUUGGAGAAGUCUACAGCAGGCUGGUCAAGGCCAUCCGUGCAAUGGAGUCCAGCGGUCUGUCAUUCGCCAAGCGUAAGGGUCUGGGCUACCUGACGUUCUGUCCCUCCAACCUGGGCACCACGCUCCGUGCGUCCGUCCACAUCAAGAUCCCCAAACUUGCCUCCUCGGCGGAGUUCAAGGCCUUCUGUGAUCGCUACAAUAUUCAGGCUAGAGGUAUCCACGGUGAGCACACCGAGAGCGUUGGGGGUGUCUACGACAUCUCCAACAAACGUCGUCUUGGUCUGACGGAGUUCGAAGCCGUUCAGGAGAUGAGACGAGGCGUUGAGGCCUGCAUUGUGGAAGAGAAGAAACUGGGAGGGCGCAGGAAGUGGUGGUAACGCCCCUGGCGGAAGUCAAUUAGGUAGCAGACGACAGUCAAACAUGUGAGGCAGGCGACAUCAGGAAGGACCAAAACAUCUCCAUCCAUACUACAUCUUUGCAUUUAAAACCACCAGACAUUCAUAGCUGUCGUUGCGUAAAGCCUAACUAGAUCAAUCAUGACGUACUUUGACGAGUUGGUAACAGGCGAGCAUCAUUGCUUUUGCAUCAUGUCUGUAUAGUCGAUAUAUAGAAGCAUUUGAAAGACUAGUCGGAUAUCUGUGAUCUGAUUAGUCAGGAGAUUUGGACAAGACACUAUUUCAAAUGCUUCUGCAGACUAGUUUCGGGCGCUUUCACCCCAAUCCAUGGGGGCUGUGAUACGUGUGACAGAAAAAUAUAUUUUACGUAAUACAAAUAAAGUGUUAUUUUACGACA